AUGGCAUUGCUCACGCUUGAUCCAGCUUCCUUCCGUCGACCAAAGGGCCAGCAGUCCACCCGACACCUGUACCUUGCGAACUGCGGAUACGGGUUGGGCGAGUCGGUCGAGACAGUAUUGGAGAGGCUCCAGGCCGCCCAGGCCCAAGGUGCUCAAACCGAAGUUCUUGGAUUGCAUGUGGGUACGGGUGGUGUGUCAUAUGCAAGCUUCUCGGAUGCCUUGACUGCUGAGACGGUGAAGGCGUACUUGGAAGCUUCGACCAAGUGGGUCGUGCGAUUUGCAGAGAUGUGUUCUGAAGCAUCAUCAGGAGUGCUUCUCCCUGAGAGCGUAGCGGCAACAGAACAUGUAGUAGUACCUGGUGUGCACUUGGUAACUAACUUCAUAACGGACGAAGAAGCCUCCAACCUACUGGAGGAAAUUGACGGACGGUCAUGGGACACGAGCAUCAAGAGGCGUGUGCAGCACUACGGACAUGCAUUCGAUUAUGCGACUCUGAAGAUUGCAAAGCCCGGAACGGUGCCGGACAUGCCUGCUUUCGCCGGGGAGCUCAUCUCCAGAUUGUCAGAGUCCUGCUUAAUGCCACAUGGGGCAGAUCAGCUUACCAUCAACGAAUACCAGCCGGGUGUUGGGAUCGCUUUCCACGUGGAUGCGCAUUCAGCUUUCGAGGAUGGGAUUGCAGCAAUCACACUGGGCUCAGGAAUUGUGAUGGAGUUUCGGAAAGCUGACGAGACAAGUGGCAAGCUUUCUAUGGGAAGGAAAAAGCUCUUAAGAUGCUGGCUGCAGAUCUCAAGGCGGGGCAAGAAGAGAUCCUCAGCAUCCUUGCGAAGAGUGGCUCCUCCCGAUAGACUGCCAGCUUUCAGUGGUCUCAAAUGCAGGCAAUGCGCCAGCAAGACAUGGAAUGUCACCUUUUUUUGUUGCCCAUCUGGCUGUGGUUUGUUAGGCUUUCUGCUUGACCUCACCUUUCUGAUGUGGACGGCGAGGAACAGCAUUCAGCUUGCGCGAUCAGUGGCUCAACAAGGUGGCUUCGUUCUUUGCGUUGACUGGCAUCGCAGCAGACUUUGCAGCGUGCGACACAACAGUCGCAUCUACGGCCCGGUAGCCUGGGUUAUGUUGCACAAAAAGGGCGCAGUGGACUUUCGGACAUUAGAACCGGUGAUUGCUAGCAAGAUUGCUCGGAGACACUUCCUGUAG